AUGGAUGAAAUUUGUAACGUAUUAAAGGAAUAUAUUUCACAAACAGAAAGUAAUAACAUAAUUGAUUUAUUCAAAGAAUACAGCGCAAGCACAAAAGACAAAACGGAGGUUCAUUCGAGACUUAAAAAAAUAGAAUGUACUAAACUAAUGGCAUUUGAUGCUAACGGUUUAUACACUUCCGCCAUGUCGGAUUUAGACAGUGAAUAUCCGAGAGCCGAAAGUGGAAGACCGUUUCUACCAGAAGAAAAAGAAUUUGUAAAACUCUUCAAUAAACAAAAAUUCAGACCUAGAACAGCUAUUUUAACAGUGUGGUUUGACUAUCCCAAAAACAUGUUCUUCCAACCGAUACCAGCUAAAGAUAAAAUCACUUUCACGAAUAAAGAAGGUAAAAAGGAAACUGGUAACAAAAUCGGGUUCAGAAAUGGUUUCUGUCACGACGUUUUAACAUCGGUCGAUAUUCAAGAAAUAGUGAAAGCCGGUGGACGAAUUAUUAGAAUAUUAGAUGGUAUAGUUUACGAAGAAAAUUUUAAAACUCCACCCUAUAGAGAUUAUAUUUUAAUUUUGAGAGAUUUAAGAAAUAAAUAUAAACAAGAAGGUAAUAUCGUGGGUAGUAAUUGCAUGAAAUUAUUAGGUAAUUCCUUGUAUGGUAAAUCAAUUCAGAAAGAUAUAUUCACAACUAGACAUUUAUGGAAUGAAGCAACUUUACAGGCCAACUUUGAUUCACGCGUUAAAACCUAUGAGAAAAUUAAUGAUACUCAAUAUAUUGUUGAAACAGAAAUUGAAGAAAAAGAGAUUACUACCGAAGAUAGUAAAUCUACACGACUAACACCUAGUCAUUUGGGAUCAUUUGUUUUAUCUCACAGUAAAAAAAUAAUGAACAAUUUCAUUCACGUCAUAAAUGGAUUUUAUGAACCCGAAAUUUACUAUACCGACACCGAUAGUUUGUACAUUUCAUCCAAAAAUUGGAAAAAACUAAACAGAGCUGGUUUGGUCUCCGAAAAAGACUAUUGCAAAGGUAAAAACGAUUACGGUGGAAUUAUAUUUGGUUUAUAUUUAGCACCAAAAGUCAAAUACAACAUCGUUUUGACUUCUGAUGGUGUCUUAAAAGAAAAGAAAACGUUUAAAGGUUAUUCUAAUGAUAAGAUAAGUGUAGAAGAUUACGUUCAGUUAGCAAGCGGACAUGAUGUGUCGAACGAAUUUAAUAAACCAUGGGAAAAAAGUUUCACCAAUGGAGUAGUUAUUCCAAAUGAUAAACAAACUAAAGUUUUUAGAAGUUAUUUGAAUAAUGUUAAAAGAAAACCACCAAACAGUGAAGGAAUUAUGUAUCCUUACAACGACAAAGAUGAGUAUAGUUUUGACGAAAACUAUGAAUUUGAUGAUUUCGAUUAUCUUUCUAAUCAAGAAGAGAAUGAAGAUUGUUUUAAAUGA